AAAAAAAAAAAAAAAGGGUAACGUGAAGUACCAACUGGAACGGAAACACGGACAGGAAAGAGAAGCAAGUUGAGAGGAGGCGAGGGGGCCUUCACAAACAUGGCGCAACAACAACAACAACUUAUUUUAACAUUCCCCCUACUUUUCCGCUUCGGUUUUUUAUUUUUGGCCUCGCUUUUUUUACUGAACCCCUCCGCUUGUUGGUGCGAGGCGCGCCUGCAGAGAAGGACGGUCGUGAACGGGGAAGCCCGGUUGAAGGAGGUACCGGAGGAAACGUAUGGCAAAUAUUACCGCUACGAGGAAUUGACCGGGCUCCUCAAAGCUCUGGCCCAGACUCACCCUCACAUCGCCAAUCUGUCCAGCGUGGGGCAGUCGGUGCAGGGCAGGGAGCUAUGGGUGAUGCAGAUCACAAAAGACCCUACAGCCGAAGUGCCGGGCAAACCCAAACUCAAAUACGUUGGUAACAUGCAUGGGGACGAGACCGUGUCUAGGCAGGUGCUAGUUUACCUGAUCGAGUACCUGCUGGACAGGUACGGUAAGGAUGACCGGAUUACGAAGCUGGUCGAUGAGGCUGACAUCAAUAUCAUGCCCAGUAUGAACCCUGAUGGCUUCGAAAAGUCGGUGGAAGGAGACUGCGAGGGUGAACACGGGGGCAGGGAGAACGCCAGAGGGAAAGACUUGAACAGGAGUUUUCCAGACCAGUUUGAAACCAUUGAUGUGCCAAUGGAGGAUGUCCCAGAAGUAGCUGCUGUAAUGAAAUGGAUUCAAGACAAAAGGUUUGUGCUGUCUGGGAACCUGCACGGCGGUUCGGUGGUGGCCAGUUAUCCAUUUGACGACUCCCUCAAACACAAGGUGACCGGGGAAUACAGCCCCUCCUCGGAUGACAAGCUUUUCCGGUAUCUGGCUCGGAGCUACGCUGAGCACCACCCGCUGAUGAAGACUGGAGAACCCCACUGUCCGGACACCCCGGAUGAGACCUUCAAAGACGGCAUCACCAACGGAGCGCAGUGGUAUGACGUUUCCGGGGGGAUGCAGGACUACAACUACCUGAAGGGGAACUGCAUGGAGAUCACCUUGGAGCUGACCUGCUGCAAACACCCGCCAGCCUCUGAGCUGCCCAAGGAGUGGGACAACAACCGGGAAUCUCUGCUCGCCUACAUGGAGAAGGUUCACAUCGGAGUGAAGGGUUUUGUGAAGAACAGUGUGACGAGCGGCUGGAUCUCGGAUGCAGAGAUAACGGUGUCGGGAAUCGAUCACAACGUGACGACGGGCCAGUUCGGAGACUACAGCAGACUGCUGCUGCCAGGGUCCUACAACAUCACUGCCAGCGCGCCAGGUUACACCCCCAUGACUGCGCCCAACGUCCAGGUACCUGAGGGCAAGGCCAUUGAGGUGAAUUUCGCCCUCCAGCCCGUGGGACGGGACGAGCCUGCCUCUACCGCGGCACCAGAGGUGGAGACCUUUGCGGGGAAGAAUGUGAGCGCGGCGACAGCCAAACCGGAACACGUGCCGAUCCAGCCCCAGGACUUCCGGCACCAUCACUACUCUGACAUGGAGCUGUUCCUGCGGCGCUACAGCACGGAGUACCCCGGCAUCACGCGGCUCUACUCCAUCGGCAAGUCUGUGGAGCAGAGGGAGCUGUACGUGAUGGAGAUCACAGACAACCCCGGCACCCACAAGCCAGGCAAACCCGAGUUCAAGUACAUCGGGAACAUGCACGGUAACGAGGUGGUGGGCCGGGAGCUGCUGCUCAACCUGAUCGAGUUCCUGUGCAAGAACUACGGCAGCGACCCGGAGGUCACGAAGCUGGUGAACUCCACGCGCAUCCACAUCAUGCCCUCCAUGAACCCUGACGGCUACGAGCAGUCACAGGAAGGUGACAGGGAGGGAACGGUUGGCAGGAACAACAGCAACAACUACGACCUGAAUCGCAACUUCCCCGACCAGUACGUCCCCAUCACUGACCCCCGGCAACCGGAGACCAUCGCCGUCAUGAACUGGCUGAGGACCUACCCCUUUGUGCUCUCUGCCAACCUGCAUGGGGGGUCCCUCGUGGUGAACUACCCCUAUGACGACGAUGCAGAGGGCGUGGUGGCCUACAGCAAGUCGGCUGACGAUGCUGUUUUUAAAAUGGUGUCCCUCGCCUAUUCCAAGGAGAAUGCAGCCAUGUUCCAGGGUCACCCCUGUGAAGAGAUAUACCCGAAUGAGUACUUCAAAGAGGGCAUCACUAAUGGGGCACGUUGGUACAACGUCCCAGGAGGCAUGCAGGACUGGAAUUACCUGAACACAAACUGCUUUGAGGUUACCAUCGAGCUGGGCUGCGUCAAGUACCCCCUGGCCAAGGACCUGCCCAGGUACUGGGAGCAGAACCGCCAGUCCCUGCUGCAGUUCAUCCACCAGACACACAGAGGGGUCAAGGGAUUUGUCCUUGACGCAAAAGACGGGACCGGCAUAUCGAACGCCACCAUCAUCGUGGCAGAUAUUGACCACCCCAUCACCACCGACAAGGCCGGCGAUUACUGGAGGCUGCUGGCACCGGGGACCUACAGCAUUACUGCCAAAGCUCCCGGGUAUGUUCUGGUCACUGUGUACGUGACUGUGCUGUACGAGGAGGUGGUGCAGCUGGACUUCAAGCUGACCCGUGAGGAGAAGGGCCCGCCCCCCGAGGGCCCCCCCGCCACGCAGGACCCCUCGGCGCAGGAGUUCCAGAAACUGAUCAAGGAGCUGUCCUCGGAGAGAGGGCUGGAGGGUCUCAUCCUGAGGUCCGCCGACGACAGCAACUUCUCCCGCUACCGGCCCUACAAGGAGCUGUCGGAGUUCCUGCGCGGGCUGACUCUCAACUUCCCCCACAUCACCAAGCUGCGCAGUUUGGGUCAAAGUGUAGAAUUCCGAACCAUCUGGGCCUUAGAAAUCUCCAACAAGCCAAAGGAGCCAGAGCUGGCCGAACCCAAGAUCCGCUUUGUUGGGGGGAUCCAUGGGAAUGCACCUGUGGGGACCGAGCUGCUCCUGGAGUUCGCUGCGUUUCUGUGUAUAAACUACGGGAAAAACUCUGCCAUCACCAAGCUGAUUAACGAGACCAAGAUUGUAAUUGUGCCCUUGAGCAAUCCUGACGGCCGUGAGAAGGCGCAGGAAAAGCAGUGCACGUCGACAGUGGGGCUGGUCAAUGCGCACGGCAAGGACCUGGACACAGACUUCUUCGGUAACGCCUCUCAGCACUUUGUGGAGCCUCAGCCAGAGACCAGAGCGGUCAUGGACUUCAUCCUGGAGAGGGGCGACACUCUGUCUGUGGCUCUGGACGGAGGCUCUGUGCUGGCCACCUACCCCUACAACAAACCAGUGCAGCCAGUUGAAAAUGAGGACACUUUGAAAUACUUGGCUACUGUGUAUGCUAAUAACCAUCCCACAAUGCACCAGGGUCGCCCAGGAUGUGCAAAUAACCAAGUUGAAAACAUCCCAGGAGGGGUGCUGCGUGGGGCGGAGUGGCACAGUCACAUGGGCAGCAUGAAGGAUUUCAGCGUGGAUUUUGGCCGCUGUCCUGAGAUCACAGUGUUCACCAGCUGCUGCCUCUUCCCCAGCGCAGACCACCUCUCUGACCUCUGGGCUGAGAACAAGCAGUCUCUGCUCAGCAUGCUGGUCGAGGUCCACAAGGGGGUGCGUGGUGUAGUGACGGAUAAGAGUGGGAAGCCCAUCCCCAAGGCCUCCAUCAUGCUGAACGGGGGGCUGCGGGUCUACACCAAUGAGGGGGGCUACUUCCACGCCCUGCUGGCUCCCGGCUCGCACAACAUUGAGGCCAUGGCCGAGGGCUACCAGCAGCAGCACAAGGAGGUGUUCGUCUCCUCCUACGAAGCUGCUAGGUCCAUUACUAUCGAAUUUGAAACGGACAACCGGAUAUUCGGCUUGCCGAGGGAGUUUGUGGUAGCCACUGCAGGAGCCUCGAUGAGCGCUCUGGUCGUCACCGCCUGCAUCAUCUGGUGCGUGUGCUCGGCCAAGUCGAACCGGCAGAAGGACGGCUUCCACCGGCUCCGACAGCACCGUGACGAUUACGAGGAAGAGAUCCGCCUCACCUCCAUGGGCUCCAAGAAAUCCCUGCUGAGCCACGAGUUCAAGGAUGAGACGGAGAGUGAGGAAGAGACCCUGUACACCAACAAGCACUGAGACACACACACACAGAGGUUCCAGGAGAGACUAGGGAGUAUGGGGACAAAACCAAGAGAGAGUCAUUGUGUUGACAUGUUACUGUACAGACUGUGUUUGCAUCUACAUAAUGCGUGUGCACACACACACACGCACGCGUGCGCAUGCAGAUAUGUUACAAGGGUUUGAAGUCCAUCGUUUGUCUUCUUGCAGCAGUGCAACUGAUUUACAUGCGUUUUUAAUUGACACAGUAACGUAGGCGCUCACACAGCCAUCAGAAAUCAAAUCUGGGACUGGUGGAGGGAUGGGACACACGCACACCAGGAACGAGUAAGCCACACUGCCAGUGCUAUCCUCCUUUGUCUAAACGUGUGUGUGUGUGUGUGUGUGAGAGAGAGAGGGGAGGAAUGUAGUAUUGCUGGAACCUCUUGUCACUGCAGAGCUUGUGCGAAUGUCCAAACUUGUUUGGAACUUUUUGUACUUGAUACUUGGAGACUCUUAACAAAUUAAUGGCAGGAACUUUUUUUUUUUUUUUUUUUUUUUUUUAAUAUAUCAUUUGUUGUUUUUCUGUGGAAAAUGGUCUGCUUCACACUACAACCCAAACCAGGAUCUCUCUGCUUCUGCAGUUUGAAACCGCCAAUCAGGGAGGGGGACGGGGGAGUUUAUCCACACCACAGCACCCAGGAUGCUGAGGAUUUUGACCACCCAUAUGCACCGCUUUGAAAUCUGAACUGCUCAACAAGGCCCAUGCGAAAGGCUGUGUGUCUGUAUUCCGCUGUUUAAAGAAGACCUAUAUUAUUUCAGCAGGUUCAGUGUUUGUAAAACUGAUCGGCAUUCUCAGACCUACAUUCCAGGGGAAGGGGCAGAUCUUCCAACACAAUGCAUUUACUAGGACCGUAUUCAUAAAGAGUUUAACACUACUAACUUAACACCAUUGAUGUUUAAAGGCUUCAGAUAAAGAACUCGGGGGAUCAGUUGUAGAACUCUUACACUGACCUUUAGUCAUUUUUGGUAGCUGUGUAACAUUAGCAGAAAAUGUUUAAUUCUGUAAUAUUUUUGGUAUUCAUGUGGUUUCUGGAUCCCCCAUGCUCACACCUGAGGCUGGAUUACUGAUAUCUAGUAGAGAAUAUAUAGAACUCCAGACCAGAAUAGAUACAUAAAAUAACACAAUCUCUUAAAUACAGCACACACGCUCAACACAAGAAAAACGCUGCUGGGUUUGAAUCCGUUGAUUCAAAUGGAUGAAAGCUGGGAUCUUCAGUUGUGUUUGAAUGUUAAAAUCCCACUUCUCAAAGCACAGGAUGAGUUCCUAUCAUCCCCUCUGUGUGUAAAUGCCCUUCCUCAGCAUACUGCAGUGCACUGAAGACGGUCACUUUGUGGAUGACAACAUGUUCUCCUGUAUUUAAAUGAGAUGAUGAAUCGUACUGGACACGCAAAUACCAAAGUGAGCCAGCGCUUAUGAAAAUGAGUUCAUUUAGUAACGAGUCUCAACCAAAUAUUUGGACCGGAUCCACACAGUGUGUCUUUUUAUCCCUCUUUGUGUUUGAUUUUCCUGCGGGGUGUAAUGUGUAUUUAUGGGUAUGGUAUUUCUGAACUGUACAUAGGGUAUGUCUGUAUAUAGAGCUGGUGAUUGUGCACCACAUUUGCCUACAGAGAUUGGCCUACUGCUAAUUCUUGAUUUCCACAGUAUUCUAUGCGGUCUGCUGACCUGAAUUAACCAGGGUGUCUUUUUUUUUUUUUUAUAUAUAAAAUAAAAUGGAAAAUGCAAUUUUUGUAAGUCUUGUGCAGCAUGUGCCUGAGAUUGUGAUCUGUACACACAUGCUGCAAGGUAUUCAUCUAAAGGGAUACUUGGAGAAAGCUGCAGUCAUUUUUGGGUGAUCUGUUAAGCUCAGUUCUCAAUUAAUUAUAGUGCCUGUUUGGUAUUUUAUAUGGGCUGUGUUUGCCCCGAUCCCCUAAUGGAUUAGGAGCAUGAUGGAUCAAUGCUCUGUGCGGCUCCUGAAACCAUGCUUGAUCUGGAUGGGAGUGGAGGCAGCUGGCCUUUCUCUUGGCUGAAUGGCAAACAAAAAGAACAUUCUUUUCAUUGUGUUUUUAUUAAUUAUUAUUAUUAUUUGCAAUUGAUAAUAAAGUUUUGAAAUUUGA